UUCUUCCCACUAAGAAGAUCGAAGAUUAGAUUAUCGAUCAAAGUGGUAUAAAACGCUGAGACCCGCGCGAGGAUGAGCUUGUUGUCGAUUAAGAUUUCAGUGAAGAGUGUUUCUAGUGAUACGAGGUUUUUUCUUUUGUUUUCCAGCUCACGCACCUGCACUAGUAUGGGGUUGAAAAGUUUGUCUUUUGCCCUCGCACUAUUAUUGGCAGCUGCUUUUGUUUACGGCGAAGAGCAAGGCGAGAUUACGCAAGCCUGUCUCGGCUGCAUCUGCGACGCAGCAUCCGGAUGUAAUACGACGAUUGGGUGCACCGGAGAUGUUUGCGGACCUUUCAGAAUAACCAAGAUAUACUGGACGGAUGGGGGAAAGCCAAGCAUUGAUGGUGAAUCCGAUGGCGAUGACAGUGGUUUAGUCAUAUCACUAUUUAUCGUCUACAAAAAUAAUCACGAUGAAAUUUUAAAGAAUAUUGUGCAAUGGGACUGCAACGGUGACGGAACAAUCGAUUGCAACGAUUACGCCCGCAUUCAUCAUCUGGGUGGAUUUGGAUGUACGGGAGCGUUGGAUGAAACUUACGAAAAUACAUUUACCUACUGUCAUAACAUAUUUAAAGAAGCUUAGAUGUUUCAAGUUCCAACUGUGACAUCUCGUUCUUAUUUAUCUUUAUUAUAUGAUUUUUAAUUAUAUGCAUUGAAAAACUCAAGUCUAUGAACAAAUAACCAA